GUUGAAGGUGGAGUUGUGCACAUGGGAAACGAUUCAUCUAGUAAGGUAGUUGGUAUUGGAACUGUUAAAAUCAGGACACACGAUGGGACAAUUAGGACACUCUCAGAUGUCAGGUUCUACAGUGAUCGGUGAAAUCAGACGUCCCUCAUCCGUUAUAGAGUCGAAGUCAACUCGUUUGGAGCGGAGGCAACUUGGUCAUAGGAGGGAAAAAUGUAUGACCGUUUCGUUGAAGAGAGGUUCUCUUUUGGAUGCAGGUUUUGAAAAGUUAGGGCACUGUGUUCGUGAAAAUCAAACCCGGGUUAGUUUUGAUUUGGCAGUGUACAAGUCGAAGGCUAGAAGUCUUCCAGUUUCUAAGCACAGAUUCGACUCAGUUAAUUCCCUGCAUAGUUCAAGAUAGGCUCAUGGCGGGCUUUGGCAAAGAUGGCGUUGUGGA